GCCCUGCUGGCCGCGCGGGGGGCGGCUGUGGUCCCCGGACACUGCCCCGCGCUAGAGGUGGCCGGUGAUGUGCUGACUAGCUUGCCCGGGGGCAGUGUUACUCUGACCUGCCCAGGCGGGGACCCAGGAAACAACGCCACCAUUCACUGGGUGCAUAGCAGCCCAGCGCCAGGCACACACCACAGCAGAAGGGCUGGAGUGGGAAGGAGGCUGCUUCUGAGGUCGGUGCAGCUCAGCGACUCUGGAAACUACUCGUGCUUCCAGGAUGGCCGUCUCGCUGGGACUGUGCGUUUGCUGGUGGACGUUCCCCUUGAGGAGCCGCAGCUCUCCUGCUUCCGAAAGAGCCUCCUCAGUAACGUUGGCUGUGAGUGGAGUCCGCCACGUCCCCCCUCCCCGAUGACCAAGGCCGUGUUACUGUGGAAGAAGCUCAGUCCGAACAGCCCGCUGGAGGACUUCUCGGAGCCAUGCCAGUAUUCCCAGGAGGCACAGAAGUUCUCCUGCCAGCUGGCAGUCCCAGAGGGAGACAACUCUUUCUACAUAGUGUCUCUGUGCGUCGCCAACGGUGCCGGAAGCAAGUCCAGCAGAACCCAAACAUUUAAGGGUUACGGAAUCCUGCAGCCAGACCCACCUGUCAACAUCAAGGUCACCGCUGUGGACAGAAACCCCCGCUGGCUCAGAGUCACCUGGCAGGACCCCCCAUCCUGGAACUCUGAUUUCUACAGGCUACAGUUUGAGCUCCGCUACCGGGCUGAACGGUCAAAGACAUUUACAACGUGGAUGGUCAAGGAGGCCCAACAUGACUGCAUCAUCCGAGACGCCUGGAGCGGCCUGAGGCAUGUGGUGCAGCUGCGGGCCCAGGAGGAGUUUGGGCAUGGGCUGUGGAGCGAGUGGAGCCACGAGGUCACAGGCAUCCCGUGGACAGAGUCCAGGCCUUCUCACACUGAGACCGAGGUUCCCCGCUCCACGCAGGUACCCACUACUUCUGCAGGCUAUGAAGAUUCUCUUUCUAUGGGUUCUGUCAAUGCCACGAGCCUCCCAGUGCAAGAUUCUUCUUCUAUAAUGCUGCCCACAUUCCUGGUGGCUGGAGGAAGCCUGGCCUUCGGAGUGCUUCUGUGCAUCGGCAUUGUCCUGAGGUUCAGGAAGACAUGGAGGCUGCAGGCGCUGAAGGAAGGCAAGACGAACAUGCAUCCGCCGUAUUCUCUGGGACAGCUGGUCCCUGAGAGGCCCAAGCCCACCCCAGUGCUGGUGCCCCUCAUCUCUCCACCUGUGUCCCCCAGCGGCUCUGGGCUUGACAGCGGGUCGAAGCACGGCCACCCAGAUGCGAGGGGACCGCAGAGCCCUUAUGACGUCAGCAACACAGACUACUUCUUCCCCAAAUAGCUGGCCAGGUGGCCCUGGCGGGCUGGGAUGCGGGCCUGCUGAGCUGUGGCCAGCGAAGCACAAACUGGCUUAGUAAAAGAUGCUCCUCACUUACUGCCAUUCCAGCUCAUCUCAGGGGCAUGGAGCCUCAGCUUCGUUGUGCAGAAAGCUCUGCCCGGUGAAUACGGGUUUGCUGUGUGUGUUCAGAAGGAAGAGGUGAUUGAGUUUUGGAACCAGCCUUCCCCUAAUGAGCUGUUUACAGGUGAGCGUGGCUUCAACCCCAUGGAGAGAGCCGUGUCAGCACCCUGCUGGACACUGUGACAGGUGGAGUGGGGCUGCUUUGCAGGCCUUGGAGAGCCCAGGCCUGCUGGGACAAGCUUCUGGCCACCCAGACACAGCUCCACAGGCUGUGCCCUCAGGCUGCGGGAUGGAUUUCCAGUCAAGGACCCUCAGUCACCUGUCCCUGGCCCACAGCAGUUUUCUUUCUGGUUGAAACCCAAGUGCCUUGGCAUCCAAUUUCUCAAGGCCUGACAGUAGCUAUUUCAUGAACCGCUGAGACUGGGGGAAGCUCUCCCCUAUCUCUCUUCCCCACACAGCUGAGGGGUGAUGGGGAAUGGUAUCUCAGGGCCUGAUGGUUUGAAAUGGAAUUAUAAUUAGUUCCUCAUUAGCAUUUGCUAAAUGUGAAUGACAAUCCUAGGCACUUGCUGAAUCCAGAAGCAGCUGUACUGGCAGGAAUUCCUUCUUUGGGACCCAGGACUUCAGGAGAGAAGCCGAGAGGCAGGAGGGAGGGGGUACAGGGACUCCCCGUCCCCUGCAGUAACACAGCCCAGGGGGGACUGGGCCAUGGGGGCUAGACGAGGGGACCGCAGCCUCUGGAAACCAACAUUCUCUGCUGGCCCCUUCCUCCUGCUCCCUAAAAAGUGACAUUGGGGUGGGGGGGCUUCUGCCUUUGGUGAGAACAAACUGUUUUACUCCAGCUUUGUUUAUUUUGCUUUCAACUGAGCCUGAGUAACUAGGGAAGAUAAUAUUUAUGUGAAAAGACAAAAGAACCGGGCAAGUAUGUAUUUUAAUUUAGUUUUGAAAAAAACUGUGCUUUCUUGAGAGGGUGGAAGAUCCAGUAUUAGCUGUGUGUCAGUAUAUAAAUAACCAGGGGAAGAGCACAAAUAACUUUGUUUAGCACAAAACUGAGUCAAGUGAAAAAGGAGGAGAAAAAAAUAUUUUCCCCUUUAGAAAAGAGACGGUUUCAUUCUAAAUUUUAGAAUGUUUUAGUUUUAAGAAGUGAAAAAGGCAUCAGCUAGCCUCUUGUCUGAUUUAGGGGAAAAGCAGCUAGUCACGCUCCUGGGGAGGAGAAGGAAAUGGGGUCCACUCCCUGGCAUGCUGGGAAGCCUCCCACGGCUACCAGGCAGGGUCAGCUGGAAACCCCCACCCCUGGAAGCCACGAGCCCUGCGUUAUCAACAGCAGGCUCUUCUGCAAAAGUCCCGACGGUGGCCCCUUCCCCCUUUUUCUUUAGUUCCUCGAAUUGGAUUAGGUCGGCGUGUACAGAGGGCCUGCUCAUCGCCUAGCGGUCCUGCCGCCGCUAACCACUGCAGCGAGCUUUUCUGUCAGGCGUUGGAAACUCAGUGACAUUGCUGGUUACCCAGACAAAUACCCUUGAGAUCAUGUGUCUCCCAAUGAAGCUGUGAUUAAAAUCUGUCGAGUAACCACAAAGUAAAGAUCCGCCAGCCACAAAGCCCUUCAAGUAGUCCGACAGCCCCUCAGGGCAUCCGCCACGCCCUCAGGGUGCACAGGGUGGAAACGACCGUCUUCUUAUUUCAUCAGAUUCGCACUAUUUCUAUCUUGGGCGAGCAGUGACUUUCACAGCUGACUGUCAGUUUCAGACCCUGUUGCUGCUUGAGAUGUCCCAUCCUGUGCUGGCAGAAGUCAGGCAGGUGUUUUUUUUUUUCUUCUUUUGUGUGUGUGUGUAUUUUGUUUUGUUUCUCUCAAGUUUCUUUAAUGGAGAACAGCAAAAGAAAUGCUGUUCAGGGGAUAUAAGGAGGGUGAGUGUGUGUCAUGGGUCUUUACCCCUUCCCAAGGCUUCACCCACAUGUGCGAGGCAGGGCCUCACUGGUGGAAGAUGUAGGUGCAGAUAGCUCUUUAGGGCUGAGAACCGGGCAGCUUUGAUCUUCAGAUUGUUAUUGCUUUCG